AUGGCGGACAAAGAGAACGUCCUUGGCGUCGACGCAUCUGGUCGGGAGAGUGAAAGCGAAUGGUCGCCUACGAAAGCCAUGAAUGACCUGAAUAAGAAGUUGUGGGAUGCUAGCGACGUUACAAAACUCCAUUCUGAGGUGUUCAAUGAGUACAGGGAGGAUUCUCAACAUAUUGCCCAGAGGCUCGAAAUGUUGCGUGGAAUUGGAUCGGCAUUGCCGCAAAUUGAUUUGCUGAACGGUGCACUCCGGAAGGCAUUCGGCGAUAGUGCCCAGAUCGUUGGGAUUCGACUAUCUCCUUACGGGGUGAUAUGGCUUGCGGGCGAUCAUCAAUUACGGCAACCGGCGGGCUGGAGGAAGGCCGUUUCCGAGAAAUAUACCCUAAGCCCAUUUAUUCCUAAAGACAAAGCCAACAUUUUCAUCCAUGCCAUAUCGUUCAACGCUCCAGAAACAGUCAACAAGCCGGUCCGCGAAUGUUUGGCCUUGAUUGGCUCUAUGCUUCGGGUUUUCGCAGAACUGGCUGAGAAAGCAGGUGUUGGUUUACAGGCUCACCCAGUUCCUCCCUCGUUGGCCAUCUCAUACUAUGGGGGCACUUGGAGAUUCACCGUGGCAGCAUUGUGCCGGAUUUCUAGUCAAUCCCCUCUCCCACCCUCCACAGUGGCUUCUUCGCUUCUGUUUCGGGCGUCGCCCAUCGACCCGGCCCUCCGUCCUCCCUCGCCGUCCACGCAGUCGCACGAUCCCAACUACAACCAGUCUUCGUCGGCGGAGAGCAACUCCAGGCAGUCGACAACAGAUACUGCCGCGGGUGCAUCGUCGGCCUCUUCGCAAGCUUCCGGAACCCUCCCCGAAUUCAAUUCUCUCGACAAAUCGAACCAUAGUCCCGGCAGCAGCGGCGGCUUCCCCAGCUCUCUAGGCCCGUCCUUGCCCGGUCUUUCGGCUUUGGCAUCGGUCGCCUCUGCCCCUACAUCAAAUUUACGGGCGUCCAGCGGCAAUGCGCAUUCCAACAUGGCCAAUAUGACCUAUGCAACCUCAUCUCCUGCCGCCACGACCGGUGGACAGGGAAACAAUCCGCCUGUGUGCCAAAAUUGCGGCACCUCCACCACUCCUCUCUGGCGCAGAGACGAGCUCGGCUCCGUUCUCUGCAACGCCUGCGGCCUGUUCUUGAAAUUACACGGGAGACCGCGUCCGAUAAGCUUGAAAACUGAUGUCAUCAAAAGUCGCAAUAGGGUCAAGACCGCUGGCCAGGGUCCAAAACGCAAGUCCACCGGCGCCGUUGAUGCCAAUGGCCUGCCUACCUCGAGAUCGGAAGCGGGUACUCCUCCGUUGGGAGGAUCUCACGGAUACCGUCGCGCGUCGCGCAAGGCAUCGCCGGGUCAUUCGGAUCGCUCCAACUCGCCGGUUCCGCGAACAGAAACCCCCGGCGCUUCGUCGAUGCACCAACCCCACGCGCCGACGCAACACAAUUCCAACAUCGCUCCGCAGCAUAUGUUUGACAGCGUGACCCUUGGAGAACAUGGUCUCAGCGCGUCCAAUGGUCUUCCAGCCACCCAACUGCGCCAACCGUCUCCGACGGCAACCGCUGCUGAAGACCGCCAUCUCGAGUCGCCCCAGACCUAUGAGGGAUUGCUCGCGGCAAACACGUCGCUCAAGACUCGUGUGAGCGAGCUAGAGUUCAUCAACGAACUUUUCCGAGGUCGGGUGACGGAGCUUGAGCAGAGCAAUGCCGCUGCGCGCCGAUCCGAGAUGAUUGUUCGCGACUCGGAAGUGCGCCUCCGACGCUCGCUCGACGACUCUCAACGACGGGAGGAUGAGCUGAAGCAACGCAUAGUGGAAAUGGAGCGUCAAGUCUCCGACAACAAUUUCAGCGGCCCGAUCGCGAACAACAACAGUCCAAGCGAGCCUUUAGCUAAGCGCAUCAAACUGUCCGACGUGGUCGAUCAACCGGCUGAUUCGCCGAACAAAUCGCCCAAGAGUAUCUAA